AUGGCCACAGAGUUCGACGAUGUCCUGACAAAUCAGCCAGUCGUCAUCGACAACGGUUCUGGCAAUAUCAAAGCAGGUUUCGCGGGCGAGGAGCAGCCAUCAUGCUAUAUCCCAUCAUUGCAACACCCUCGCGUCAUGGCAGGUGCUAUUCAGGACAACCUCUUCAUUGGACGGCGAGCUCAAGAAUUCAGAGGAUUGCUCAAAAUCAAGUAUCCUAUGGAACAUGGCGUCGUGCAGGAUUGGGACGAUAUGGAACGGAUAUGGGGAUGGGUUUAUGGAGAGGGGUUGAAGGCUUUGAGUGAAGAGCACCCUGUACUUUUAACAGAAGCACCUUUGAAUCCCCGUCAGAAUCGUGAUAUUGCUGCUCAGAUAUUCUUCGAGACCUUUAACGUUCCAGCCUUCUUUACCUCGGUACAGGCCGUGCUUUCCCUCUACUCUUCUGGUAGAACAACAGGUAUUGUCCUCGACUCUGGCGACGGCGUGACACAUGCCGUUCCCGUAUUCGAGGGCUUCUCUAUGCCCCAUGCCGUUCGCCGUAUCGACCUCGCCGGUCGAGACAUUACCGACCACCUUCAGCUUCUCCUCCGCAAGUCAGGGCACAACCUGCAUACCUCCGCAGAGAAAGAAGUUGUUCGCACAAUCAAGGAAAAGACGUGUUAUCUGGCGAUGAAUCCGGUCAAGGAGGAAAAGGACCAAGGAGGCGCAUGGGAAGAGUUUAGGCUGCCAGACGGAAAGGUCAUACAGCUUGGGACGGAAAGGUUUCUGGCGCCAGAGAUCCUAUUCAACCCAGAGAUUGUGGGGCAAGAGUACCCAGGUGUGCAUCAGGUGAUUGUCGAUUCUAUUAACCGUACCGACCUGGACCUUCGUAAAUCUCUUUUCAGCAAUAUCGUCCUUUCUGGAGGAUCCACCCUCUGCACAGGCUUUGGUGACAGAUUACUCAAUGAAGUCAAGAAGCUGGCUCUGAAGGAUGUCAAGCUCAAGAUCUAUGCUCCUCCCGAACGAAAGUACUCUACAUGGAUCGGAGGAAGUAUCCUUGCUGGUCUUAGCACGUUCAAGAAGAUGUGGGUGUCGGCAGACGAGUAUAAGGAAGAUCCGGAUAUUAUCCACAAAAAGGCGUUCUAA